AGCGCGGUGAAUCCCAUCGGUUCCAAAUCAGCACGGAGCGCAGCGCACGGACACGGAGCGCGCGUAUCUCUCUCUCUUUCUCGCCGUGCUAAAAAGAUCUCAUUACUUUACUUCGAGUGCCGGGCGCGGGUACAUUCCGUCGAUGUUGCCCAGCCAGGGAGAGAUAUCGUGAUACUUAACACAACAGCGAGAGAACAUAGAAAGAGAGAGAGAGAGAGAGAGACCCAGAAAGAGAGAGUGUAGGACAGUGGUUAGGGUAUUGGAAUUUUUGUGGUCAUCGUGUUUAGAGGAGUUAGCAGCAGCAGCGGCAGCGGCAAAAGCAAAGAGUAGCGAUAGUAUCGCCCGUCGCAGUAAUAGCAGCAUCAGCAACAGCAGCAGCGUCAGUAACGGCAGCAUCAUCGUUAUCAUCAACUGCAGCAGCAUCACCGUUAUCAUCAGCUGCAUCAUCUUCAUCAGUAGUCAGCAGCCAUGGUCGCCUUGCUCCUGUGCCUCGCCUCACUGCUUCUCGGUGGCGUUUGCGCUACGCCCGCCACCUUCGUGUCGUGCUCUGGCAACAGCUGCUACAGCCUCGUCAAACAUCAGCCGCAGCAGCACGUCGACUUCAACGCGGCGUUGACGGCAUGCGAGAGGACGGGGGGACAUCUCGCCACUGUGGACACCGAGGAAGAAGCAGAGUUACUGGGCAGACUCAUGCGCGCGGUCGAGGAUGAGACACAUCGCUCGGCGUCGUCGUCGUCGUCCCCGCGAUCAUCAUCGCCAUCGUCUCGCAAGUCCAGCAGAGCUCCCGAGUACUGGAUGGGCCUGCGCCGCAAGGGCUGCAGGAUGGACAUGAAGGGCCCCUUACGCGGCUUCUCGUGGCUGGCGCACAGCGAGUCUCGCGCCGCUGACUCCCACUACGAGAACUGGCUCGAGCAGAGCUUGACCUCGUGCACGCGUGAGCUCUGCGCCUCGCUCGUGCUCGCGUCCGUCGACGAGCCGCCGGGUUGGAAGUCGCGCUUCUGCAAGAGUCAAGCGGUGCAAGGGUUUGUGUGCGAGCACCCGGUGGGGGUCCGCGUGGCCUCGGGGUGCGCACCCCUGUCGCUGGAACAGGGGCUCCGAGCCUCCGCCGUGAGGACGAGCGCGGGCACCGCGCGCUACCUCGUGCCGUGGGACAACGGCGGCGCGGUGAGUCCGCUGGGAAUCCUGCCCGUCGGGAGCAAGGCCGUGGUGGUGUGCGGAGCGACGUUCGGAGGAGAUGAUGGCGGUGAUGAUGACGACUAUGAUGAUAUUGGUGGCGGCGGCGGUGAUUUUGCUGAUGGGAUGGCGAACGCCGUUUGCAGCAGAGGCGCGGGCGGUGACGCCGAGUGGAAGGUGAGCGAGCCACUGCCCUGCCUGCUGCAAGAUAUCAUCGACAAGGAGCUGUCCUCAUCCUCCAUGUCGCCGACCUGUCCGCCCGGGUUCGAACUCGUGCGAGGUCAAUGCGAGGACGUGGACGAGUGCGCGCGCGACGACCCCUGCCAGCAGCAGGGCCUGUGCACCAACAAAGAGGGCGGCUUCGUGUGUGACUGCGUGGAGGGCUACCAGCUGGUGAACCUCACCGAGUGCGAAGACAUCGACGAGUGCGAUUACGAGCCGUGCGACGACCACUGCGUCAACACGGACGGCUCGUACGAGUGCACGUGCCCGCGCGGCUACCAGCAAGACAAGAGCGGCCUCGGCUGCCACGACACGGACGAGUGCGACCUGGGAGCGCACGCGUGCCACCACGUGUGCAACAACACCGAGGGUAGCUACGAGUGCUCGUGCGACGAGGGGUGGCGCCUGGAGGCGGACAAUGUCACGUGCACGCCCGAGCGAAAUCUGCUGGACAGCACUACCACCACCACCACCACGACCACGACGACAGAUUGGGUGGACAUCACCCCGACCGAGUCUCCACCCAACCUGGCGUUCCACGUGCUCCUGCCCAUUGCGAUCGCCCUCGUGUUGGUGGUGAUCGUGGUGUGCGCCGUGGCCAUGGUGCUGCUGUGUUGCCGAGGCAGCGGGAAGACGAGGAAGCGUCGUCGGCAGGAGGAGGAGGAGGAGCAGGCUCCGCAGGGCGAGAAGAAAAACGAGUACGUGUGGCUGGCGACCCAAGGUUCCGCGCAAGGGGUCAAGGUGAUGCCGAGACCGUCGGCCCCGACGCAGGUUCACCACGAGGGCGAGCGGGAGCUCAAGCCGAGGGGCCCGGACGAUGUGGACGAGACGCGCCACUCGACAGCCUGAACGUUGUUUCUCCGUGUGGCUUGUCACGUGCGAACGUUGAACUUUGUUCGCACCGUACGUAUGCCAACCGUGCUCUUCGGAGGUGAUGGGGGAAGGACAAAGAAAACUAAGCACACGCAAAAAAAAAGUUCUAAAGAAAAUCGUUUGUCAAGCUAGGUGAUUUUAAAAGUGCGUGGUGGUUCCCAGUGGUUUCAUAGUAUAUCGGAUGGGAGAACGUUCCAGACGGCCGCAGAAGCCCAUCUGAAGGCGCGCGAUGCGGUGACCACCGCUUUUGUUCGAUGGCAGCAGCCAAAAGCCGCUGCGAGGAUGACCGCAGUUCGCGUGAUGGUUUCUGCUGUUUGACAAGAAAGUGUUCACGUAGAAUGUUUGUAUAUUUUUCUAUUUUAUUGCUACGCUUAGCGUGAUUGCGGUGUUGUGAAACCUGGCGCAUUUAAUGACAGCGGUGAAACAUCAAUAUUAUCGUGAUGGCGAUGA